CCUCUGUCCCAAAAGAAAAAAAGGAUCAAUCCUUUUAAGCAAAACCCUCCCUCAACACCACUCUCUGUUUUCUCUUGUCACAGUCGCAAAGCAUUUCCCCGAGAAAGAAAGAAAAGAUGGAUUCAAACGUUUCCUCAUCAUCUAAACAGCAAAAGCACCUAACUUUGCAACAAUCCUUCUCCAACAUCCAAACCCAAUGCUCCGAUUUACUCAACAACGUUUCCAAAACCCUAAACCCUCUCUUCAACCCCAACUCGAACAACAUCUUCUCUGCUCUCGACUCCUUUCGAGCCCAAGCCAAGCAAGCUCUCGAUUCCGGAUUCUCUCGCUUCGCUUCCGGCAACGCACCACCCCUCUGGGCGAGAAUCUCUGACGACGGCGGGAAGACUCAUGUGGCUCCGGUACGAAGAAGCAGUGGGCCGGGGCUAUCCGCUGACGAUAUGGAGGAGAGGUUGGCGGGGGUUCCUGUUUACGCGCUGAGCAAUUCGAAUGAGGAGUUCGUGUUGGUCUCGGGGACUGCCACAGGGAAGUCUCUGGGGCUGUUGUUCUGUAAGGAGGAAGAUGCGGAGGCGUUGCUUAACCAGAUGAAGGCUAUGGACCCUCGUAUGAGGAAAGAAGGUUCCAAAGUUGUAGCUCUUGCUCUUAGUAAGGUGUUCCAGUUGAAAGUUAAUGGUGUGGCGUUUAGGUUGAUUCCUGAGUCUACUCAAGUUCAAAAUGCUCUCAAGGAAAGGAAAACAGCUGGUUUCACUGAUGACGACUUUAAUGGUGUUCCAGUUUUCCAGUCAAAGAGCUUGAUUCUACGUAGUGAUAACAAGAGUUAUCGCCCUGUUUUCUUCAGAAAGGAGGACUUGGAAAAAUCUCUGACACGAGCUUCCCGCCAACAGAACCGGCUUAACCCUGCUCUGAAACCCGGAGACAUUCAGGUUGCAGUUUUUGAAGAGAUUGUCAAGGGGAUGAAGGAAAACGCAACAUCAAACUGGGACGACAUUGUGUUUAUACCGCCUGGUUUCGAGGUUUCAACUGAGGAAACCAAGGAUUAGGUGGAAUGAUAGAUAUCCUUGGAGCAUCGUAAACCCACUAAACCAGCUUUUGUGUACGCAUGUUCUAUGAUUUUGUAUAUGUCGACGGUUGAGCUAUGAAACCUUUUAGACUUCUAAUGAAUGUUUCUUUGACAUUUUGCUAUUAAGUUCAUCACUAUCUUCUUUAGAAUA